AUGUCUCAAUCCUCUGAUUCGGAAUUUGAUGAGCCAAUCAGUUUCGAAGAAGAUUACGAAUACAAAGAAGCGGAGGAAGACUUUGAACAUGGUGAAUUCGAUGGAUAUCCAGAUGAAGCUGACAAGAAUGCGGUGGAACCAAAGGAGAAGUGGGACGAGGAGGUUGCCGAGCACCGAGACAUAAACCACGAACUGAGACUGUUAAAAGAGUUGUAUAAAAGCAAAACGAGUGUUGAUGAGGAAGAUGAGGAGUUUUUGAAAUGUUUAAACGACGAUAAUAAGCUUCAGAAGACCGUGAGGACAGCUUCUGAAGUUUUGAAGGAGUUUGACGAGAAAAAGGAGUCGAAAGACGUGGAAAGUGAGGAUGUUCAAACUGGAGGAGGUUAGUUUAUUUGUUAAAUUAUAUAUAUGAAUUUAAGGGAUGAUAGCUUAAUUAUCGAUGAGAUUGCGAUAUUGUAGUAGGUGUAAGGGUGAGGUUAACGUUUUUUCGUUAUAACUUUUGCCAAAGGAUAGCUGAUGGAUUGAAAUCUUCAGUGUUAUUAGAAAAUAUACUGUGCCAACUAACGUUUUAUAAAUUUUAUAAAAAUUCUUCUUUACUUCAAGUUACAGUGCUUACUGUACUUUUCCUUAAAGCUGUAGUUCCUUACAAAAUGAAAAUUUUUUGUACAUUUAACAAUUUUGAACUAUUUUACGACAUUUUAUCGGGAUCUUAAGCAUUAUAACAUCAUUUUCAAUAAAUUUGCAAGUUUUGAAAAACAUGUGAGCUUUGAGAACCUUGUCCUUUGCAAUGUUUGUUUAAAAAAUGAAAUUCAUCCGAACCCAGGUCUUAUUUGAAUAAUAGCAAUCAAGUAAUGUGUGGACAGUUGUUUUAAACGAUUAUUUGGAAGGACGACCCGUUGCACAUCAUUUUGUUGUCCUAACACAUUGAAUUUUAAUUGUUUUAGGGCGUGUAAGACCUCAACGCUUUUUGACUGUAUUAAAUCAACGGAAAGUGAAAGGAUUACAAGUAGCUGCUGAUAAGGAAGAUGAUAGGCAAUUGAAAGAUACGGACGCUGAUAUAGAAGUAGAUAAUGACAUUGAAGACGUGGAUAACGAAAGAUACGACAUUGAUAAUGAUAAAUAUGAUGGAGAUAAUGAAAUAUAUGGUGAAGACAAUGAAAGAUAUGACACAGAUAAUGAUAAAGAUUUGAAAGAAUUGGGAUUUGAAGCUGUUAGUGUUGAAGAUGCUUCGUAUGACACGUUAGAAGCUGCAGGUACGAGCGGUGGAAUCAAUAAAGAGAAGGAGGGGGAUUAUGACAAAGCAUGCGAAGAUAGUGACGAAGCCGAAUCAAAGUCUCAAAUUGAUAAUGAUGAAGAGCUGGCAAGGAUUUUGGGAGGAGAAACUGAUUUUCGUAAGUUUUUUUGUAUGUUUUAGGAAUAAGGUUGAAGCGUUUCAUUUUAACUGUUAACUAAUACGAACAAUAAGGGGCAUUUUGAGUGGGUAGGGAUGGGGGUGGUUAAACCUUUCUAAAGCUGCAUUUGAGAUUUAAAUUUAGCAGUUUAUACUACGCUUUUUGAUAAAAAUAACAAAGUUUUCAUGUUUACCUCGCUUUUCAAAGUGUUUUGUUGGAAAAUUAAUAUUGUUUAUUAAAUUCUUCUUUAUAUAUUUAUAACUUUGUCAUAGUUAGCUAAUUGAUGUUGUUUUAGGUAGACAUGUACGCGUUUCGAGGGAAGUUCAACGGCUCAUGUUCUCUAAUCCAGGUUCAGCUAUAGCCGAUCAGUUCUUGAACAUACGGACGACUCGGUCACAACGAAGAUCGUGUAAGUUUUGGGGUUUGAUUUUAUUUAAAUUAGUCAAAAUGUAGUUUUUGCUGUUUUAUAGGCUAUAUUUCAGAUAGAACUCACGUUUUGGUAAGGAAAAUGCUUAAAAUGAAUACUAUUUUUUGGAAAAAGCGUUUGUAAAAAGAAAAUUGAUGGUUUGAAUUGCUAACCUUUAAUAUAAAGGGAUGAAAAGUUUUAAAAUUAGUUGAAAUAUAACUAGAAUAGGGUUGAAAGAGGUCAAGAUGAUAUAUGGCUGAAAUAGAUCAAAAUGAUAUAGUAUGCUUGAUUUUUAAAUUAGUUUUUACGUUAUCUGAUUUAUAUCUUACAUAUAUAAAAAUACAUUAUUUUAGCUCAACGAACAGAUGAAAGUGUCACACCAUCGCCUCAGAAGGAACGUAAAGUGUAAGUUUUACAAUUUUUUUUUAAAUUGGAGUUUAAUUUUUAGAAUGUUAUUGAAAAUGGCAUUUUAUGAGAAUAAAGAUUUUUUGUAUUUUGUUUUAAAGACUUUUAUAUAUUUAAUUAUGAUUUUAAAGUCAAUAAAAACUUGAAAAAGUGAUUUUCACUGAACUUUGAGAAAAUGAAUCACAAUCGUUUUAUUUUCAGACGUCAGAAGCCGGGCAGGAAGCCCAAACCUACUGGAUACACCUACGAUCAACAAGGCCGUCUACUGUACAGAGGCACCAUAAUAGGCGAUCAAUGUGACUGUCUGAGAGACGAAUGUGAAGGAUGUUUCUUCCCAUGCAAAUCUUGUCUAUCACCCAAAUGUGGACCCAUUUGUCGAUCUCAACGCACUUGCAUCGCCUACUGCACUGCUGACAUCACCAGUGGAAAUGAACCUCAAAUAACUCGUUUCAAUUCUUUGCGUAAGCCGGAAACCCUGAAUAUCUGA